AUGCAGAGGCCUGAUCCAACGGCUUCUGGUACCUUUGUCCUUCCCCCCGCCGAUCGCUCCCAUCGACGGUACAAUCCCCUGACACAAGAGUGGGUAAUCGUGUCUCCCAAUCGGCUUCAGCGACCAUGGAGCGGAGCAAUUGAGAAGACCCCCAGUGACCAAGAUAACAAGUCUGCAAAUUCAGGCGAUGCCGGCAAACCAAAUCCUCUGGCGCCCGGAGCCUCAAGACCCGGCGGCGUAGUCAACCCGAAUUACACGUCAACUUACACAUUCAAAAAUGACUUUCCAGCUUUGGUGAGUCUGCAGCUCUGGUUUUAUGUAUUUCAGCGAAUACAUCCAUUCGCAUAUGCAGUAGGUGCUUUGGUGAAGUGA